UCUCUCAUCGGUAUCCACCAAUCAUCCCGAUGUCGGUCGACGAACAAGCGGUACCACCGGAGGUUUCGCCUUCAAUGGCUGCCAACAUUCCACAGAUGGUCCACGAUCAGCUAGCCGCACAGUUUUUGCCAGCGGCAAAAAAUCUUGGGCAAGCCGGAAUGCAUCUACUGAAAACAUAUUACAUGUUCCAAGAAGCAUUGUCAAACUAUUGUGAUGCCACUCACAAACUUAUCAAAUCAGCUGAUACUGCUGGACACAAAUCGAAAAAUGAAGCUCGAGAGCUUUCAAAAGUUUUUAAAGAGUUUGUACAGGGAGUAAAUGCUCAUCAAAAAGUCAUUACGGAAUUUGACGCGCUGGCACACAAAGUUCAUGACUAUAGCAACAAGGAAAAAGACAAGCUGAAGACAGAAUUUGCUGAGUACAAAGCAAAAGAAAAAAAACUUCUGAAACGCAAAAAUGGAGAAACUGAACAAGAUAUUACCGCGUUCCAUAAAAAAGAAGCAGCCAGCUGGGCAAAACAACAGGAAAUGAGAUACAAAUUUUUCAAUGACAAGCUGCAAUCCUGGAUUCACGGAUACGUCGAAAUUGGGAAAUUAUUCCAAGCCCAAGAAGUGAUUGUUCAGCCAGCAGUUGGGAGUGUGAUCGCUGCACCGGUUGAAAUUGAGACCAUACCAGAAGACCACAAAGAUUGGCAUCAAGAUUUACAUGAGCAUGCCGCCGUUGUUGCAGCUGAGGAAAUUAAAGAGAAUGUUGAAAAGAAAGUAGAUGAAGCUGUACAGGACAGCCGCAGCAAUUCGACUUCAUCGGUUGCAACAACGCUAGAGGAUCUUCCAUCUUCUCGUCGUCUCACAAAUGACGUUUCCGGAGUCACACUGGUUAGUAAUUAUCGCCGUCAAUCAAUUGAGAUUCAACAACUUCCACCCAACAACAGCUACUCCCACAUUGCUCCACCAGUCUUGCCGCCAAAACCAGUUGUCGAAAACCCCCAAUAUGCUCCGAUUCGCGCUCAACCAGUUCCAGUCACACGCCAGGAGGAGAGCACAUACGCCCCUCGUCAUAAUGUUGUCGCCGAGCAAGUGCCUCAACAGCCGGUUAAUAGCGCUCCAGGUGGUGUCCGCCGUGCUGGAAACACAAUUCCAGGUGCUGUUAAUGUUUUCGGAUUUGCAAAUCAAUCAAAUCCUCAGCCAAAUGUCCGCUACACGCCUGUUCAGAAUAGCACGCCUUAUCAAGUUGUUACCAGCGAUUAUAUUCGCGUUGGGAGAGUCGUCGAUAAUCCAGUGACAGAGGAGCAAAUGAAUGCUAAAAAAUUCCACGUGGAUUCUAGUUACCUUCCAAUGGCUGCUCCAUCUCACCAAGCACAACAACACAGUCGCAAUCAUAGUACAGAUAUUUCGGUUCCAUCAUUCUUCAACCCAUCACAAUAUGGAAGUAUUCUGAUUGUUAACGAUGAUUUCAAUGCUUCUUCCGGAGAACAGAUGACUGUGAAUCGUGGAGACAAGGUAAUCCUCUUAAAAUGCGGAUCUCGUGGAUGGGUGUUUGUCAGAGAUUCGAUUUCUAACCGAACAGGAUGGGUUCCUGAGCCAUAUGUCAACCCAUAAACUUUCAAUUACAAAAAAACAACAUUCUUGUCAUUUCUCGUUUUGUCUGUGACUUAUCUUCCCAUAUUUUCACCAGAACGCCUAUUUUUGCAAAUAACUAUUUUGUGAUUUCCUGUAAUUCCUUGAUUUAUUUCCCCAGUUUUUAAAUAAUUCAUUCUUAUCCCAGUGGUCCAGUUUUUAUCAAUAUUUUAUUCACAGUAAAUAAGUAAUUAAA